AUUGUAUGCCUAUCCAGCAGACAACGCCCCUUCAAUCUCUCCCUCUCUCUCUCUCUUUGCUCUUUCCCCUUUGGGGUUUUUGGCAAACACAGUCUUCUCUUCUCUAUCUUCUCGGGUCCUUUACUAGAGCUCUCUCUGAGAUUUGGAUCUGGGGGCUUGGAGAGAAGGAGGAGAGAGAGAGAGCUUUGUUUUCUUGGGUUGUUGUUGUUUGUCGAUGAGUUCUGAAAUUAGGAUGGAUCAAGAAAACAUGAUUGCAUCUGACGAGAACAAUGUUGCUUUGAUGAAACCAACUAAUGCUCAAGGUGGGGGAGAAAUGGGUGGAAGGAAGUUUGGGAUGGAGAUCAGGCACAACAGGAGAGCACUGGGAGUGAUAAACCAGAAUUUAGGAGCCCAUCCAUGCCCAUUUGUUGUUACCAAAAGAGGAUUAUCAGAAACUACUAAUGGGGUCUGCAAUAACAAUCCUCCUGUACCAUCUCAUAGGCCCAUCACAAGGAAAUUUGCUGCCCAAAUUGCUACCUCACAGCAACACUAUCAUGAGGAAACCAAGAAAGCAAAGAUUGCAGCUGAAGAUGAAUUCACAGUAUGGGAGGAUGUUCCCCUUCAUGAAGUGGGUAAAGACCAAGCUGUCCCCAUGGCUUUGGAACAGGCAGAACAUGAAAAAUCUCACAUGGAGGUUGAAAUGGAGGAUAUAUUUGAGGAAACCAUAGUAGACAUUGACAGUGGUGAUGAGAAGAACCCACUUGCAGUUGUGGACUAUGUGGGUGAUAUCUAUGCCUACUACAAAAAAGUUGAGCACUGUAGCUGUGUUUCACCAGACUAUAUGGCUCAGCAGUUUGACAUCAAUGAGAGGAUGAGGGCUAUUCUGAUUGACUGGUUGAUUGAGGUGCACCACAAGUUUGAACUAAGGGAAGAGACAUUAUUUCUGACAGUUAACCUAAUCGAUAGGUUUCUAGAGAAGCAGUCUGUUGUGAGGAAGAAGUUGCAGCUUGUUGGACUGGUUGCCAUGUUGUUGGCAUGCAAGUACGAGGAGGUUUCUGUUCCUGUCGUGGAUGAUUUGGUGUUCAUUUCAGACAAGGCUUACACAAGAAAAGAAGUGCUAGAAAUGGAGAGUUUGAUGCUGAACACGUUGCAGUUCAACAUGUCAGUCCCAACUCCAUAUGUGUUCAUGAAGAGGUUCCUCAAGGCGGCUCAAUCCGACAAGAAGCUGGAGCUCAUGUCCUUCUUCUUGAUCGAGCUUUGCCUGGUGGAGUACGAGAUGCUCAAGUUCCCGCCGUCCUUUCUGGCGGCGGCCGCCAUCUACUCCGCCCAGUGCUCGCUCUACGGCGUUAGCCAAUGGAGCAAGACCUGCGAGUGGCACACUGGCUACACAGAACACCAACUUCUAGAAAGCUCGAGAAAGAUGGUGGGGUUCCACCAGAAUGCCGCAACGGGGAAACUUACAGGAGUACAUAGGAAGUACAACACAUCAAAAUAUGGGUAUGCUGCAAAAUGUGAAGCAGCCAGUUUUCUUCUUGUACAGACCCAAUAACAGACAGGGAGAUUCAGGGGGGGCAUGUACAGUGCACUCUAACUAUACAUGACUUUCUAUAAUUGGGGGAUACAGCUUUCUGGGGUAAUGCAUGCUAAUUUACAAGAAUAAUUUGUUAGCAACUAUCUGUUGCCCCGGGGGAGGGGGGAUUUGAUCAUCUGAUUUUUAUUGUUAGAAGAAGAGAGGGAGGGGGUUGUGUUGUUUGCAAUUGCAAAACAACCAUGAUCAUUUUCAUUUGUUAUUUGGAACAGAUCUCUUUAUUGUAUUUCUGCAUAUUUUCUUCUUCUUCUUUUAAUAAUCAAAGAAACACCAGAAUUUAUCCGUU